AUGGUGAAUCUGGAGCCCAUGCACACAGAUAUCAAGAUGAGUGGGGAUGUAGCAGAUUCCACGGAUGCUCGUAGCACUCUGAGCCAGGUGGAGCCAGGAAAUGAUCGAAAUGGCCUAGAUUUCAACAGGCAGAUCAAAACGGAGGACCUCAGUGACUCUCUGCAGCAGACACUCUCCCAUCGGCCAUGCCACCUCAGUCAAGGACCUGCCAUGAUGUCCGGAAACCAAAUGUCUGGGGUAAAUGCCAGCCCAUGUCAGGGAACCCUGACAUUCUCAGACAUGGCUUCCCUCCACCCGCUCCAGCAGCUCGUGCUGGUUCCUGGCCACUUACAGUCUGUAUCCCAGUUCCUGCUAUCUCAGACCCAGCCUGGGCAGCAAGGUCUGCAGCCAAAUCUUCUCCCCUUUCCACAGCAACAAAGCAGUCUCCUCCUUCCCCCACAGACUGGGCCUGGCCUCGCAUCCCAGGCAGUUGGGCGCCCUGGGCUGCCAGGAUCCUCUUUAGAACCCCAUCUGGAAGCAUCCCAGCAUCUCCCAGUGCCCAAGCAUCUACCCAGCUCUGGAGGGGCUGAUGAGCCCAGUGACCUCGAGGAGCUGGAGAAGUUUGCCAAGACCUUCAAGCAGAGGCGCAUCAAGCUGGGCUUCACACAGGGAGACGUGGGGCUGGCAAUGGGAAAGCUGUAUGGGAACGACUUCAGCCAGACUACCAUCUCACGAUUCGAGGCCCUCAAUCUGAGCUUCAAGAACAUGUGCAAGCUCAAGCCACUGCUGGAGAAGUGGCUGAACGAUGCAGAGUCCUCUCCGUCAGACCCCUCGGUGAGCACACCCAGCUCUUAUCCCACCCUCAGUGAAGUAUUUGGUAGGAAGAGGAAGAAACGGACCAGCAUCGAGACCAACAUCCGCCUGACUCUGGAGAAGAGAUUUCAAGAUAACCCAAAACCCAGCUCAGAGGAGAUCUCCAUGAUUGCAGAGCAGUUGUCCAUGGAGAAGGAGGUGGUGAGGGUCUGGUUCUGCAACAGACGCCAAAAGGAGAAGCGAAUCAAUUGCCCUGUGGCCACACCCAUCAAAUCACCCGUCUACAAUUCCCGGCUGGUCUCUCCCUCAGGGUCUCUGGGCCCCCUCUCUGUCCCUCCUGUCCAUAGCACCAUGCCUGGAACAGUAACAUCAUCCUGUUCCCCUGGGAACAACAGCAGGCCUUCGUCUCCUGGGUCAGGACUCCACGCCAGCAGCCCCACAGCAUCUCAAAAUAACUCCAAAGUGGCAGUGAACUCCUCCUCCAGUUUUAACUCUUCAGGAUCUUGGUACCGAUGGAAUCAUCCCACCUACCUCCACUGAGACCAAAAAUUUUCUUCUACUCCACCUGGCCCUAUAUUCCCCGCUGGAAGGAAGGGAGUCAUGCCUGCUGUGUAUGGACAGAUUACUUUCAGAAGAGUGGAAGAAAAUCUCCACUAUCAAUGAACCUGCACUCUUACCUUCUUCAGGAGCAAGGGCCUCCGGAGAUCAAACUGUGAUUGAACCAUGUGCUGACUCCUAAUGCUCUUGAAAUAUACAGCCCCUCUUAGGAGUUUACCAUUUUCACUUUCCUUGCCUGUGCCCUUCCCUUCUAGUUCUAAAUAUUUUAGACAGCUUCACUGGGGCAAGAGUCUUUCAGAGAGAGGACUUUUUGCCACUAUUCUCCAACUCAUCUAUAGGCUUCUGGGGACAGCCAUUUGCCUGGUGUGCCAAACUACCAGAAGGGGAGAUAAUGGAUUUGACUCUGAAUUUAGGCACAGUCCCUGAACUGAUCCCAAAAUCUAUGAAAAGAUUUGAAUCUGAUGUCUCCACCAAAGCCCUGAUGUUUCUGUUCAGAAACUUUUUCUGACUGAAUCUUCAUUUCACCCUAUUUUCUUUUUAAUUUUUCCCCUUUUUCUACAACCAAGUUCAUCCGUUACUGUGUCCUCCAAGUUUCCUCUUCUUUACACAAGGGUGAGCCACCCUCGGUCCCCUGGGCACGUUACUCUGCCCCAUCCCCUGCAUGCUCUUCUGUCUGCUCACUCCUGCCCCAAAGUUCAGGGUUGCUUGUUCUUUCUCUCCUUCACUCCCUGCACUUCUUAUCCCAUCUUUUCUCCUUUCUCCUGGCUUCAGAAAAGGAAGAAUACAAGAGCAAACACACUAAAUUAUGCUGGCAAAAUACCUAUAAGAUAGCCCUUUCCUGUUUUUGCAUUAUGUUCUUCUCUCCUUAAUGUGGAAUUUUCCAGCAAAAUGUUUAACUCAGGUGUGAAUUUUGAAGAUGUCUGUGUAGUAUUUUAUCUUCUUUAAAAGAAAAAAGAAAGGAAAAAAUACCAAAGUGUGAAAUACUGUGCUAGCUUCCACAGAGUUCCCACAUGGGCUAGGAAGCUCUGUUGACAUCUUUGGGAACGUUCUAUCUAGAGUCUCCUUCUUUGUGGGCCAGUGUGUAGAGAUAUAACAUGAAGCAAUUCCAGAAAUGGUAACUUUUUUAAAAAGACUGCUUAUCCAGGAAACUGUUGAGAUUCAAAGGAAUCUCUCUGCUCCUAAA